CAGAACAAAAAAAUAUACUUUUGAGCAUAGUCAGCAGUGAAGGAGUAGUUGAAGUUAUGGUAAGAUAGCAUGCUGAGAUGGAGGAACAGAGUCAUAUUGAACCCUAUAAAUUAGAAAUGAGAGUAGGAGAAGGAGCUACCUGAGAAUAAAUAGAGAGAGUCGAAGAAGAAAACAAGAACCAGCUUAAAGUAGGAGAUGUAGAGAGUAAAGAGAAUUUCAAGGAAGGAGAUAGAGGUGUGGUGUGCAAAAGCCUAUUCCUAUCAGUGCAGGAGAAUAGAUUGUGAAAUUUGGAGGGGAAUUUUAUAGGAUAACUUUUAAACACAGACAUUAAAAAAAUUAAAUUACAUAAGCUCAAUUUAAACAAAAUAUGUUAAGAGCAAAGUUAAGAAAUGCAAUUUAUCACUUUCUCCUUCUUAGGUUAUCUCUCUAUAUAAUAUGUAGUUGCAUGGUGGAAAUACUGUGUAAUUGUGUUAUAUUCUAUUGUUCAACUGUUCCCAACUCAGCGUGCAUUGAUACCACAUUAGUAGCUUGAGAUCAGCAAUGAGGGAGUAUGUUAACCAUGAAAAUGGCAAGUGCUAAAAUUUAGGCCCAGUUUAUAGUUCUGUUGAUUCUGUAGGCAAAGGAUUGGCAAAUUAAGUGCCUCAAGCCAUAUUCAGCUCUUUGCUGGUUUUUAUACAUAGCUAGACUAUUUGUAUAUAGUUGGACUAGUAUACAUAGUCUAAGUUUUAUUGGAAUACAGGCAUACCCUUUUGUUUACAUAGUGUCUAUGACUGCGUUCCAAUAGCAAAUAGGAGUAAUUAUCAUAGAGAAUAUAAAGCGCAAAUAGUCUAAAAUAGUAUCUGACCCUUACAGAGAAUGUUUUCUAUUCCUGGUCUACUCAUGAGAAAGUGAUGGAGAAUAUCUGCAUAAUGCAGAUUACGUUUAAAAUUGUGUUGUGUGUACAAGUGUUACACUAUGAAGACCACAAGAAUUUGAGAAGAUAUCCUUCUAGUAUUUGAAAAUGGUUGUCUGAGUCAGCAGUGGUGCUUACACCAUUGACAAAUGUGUGAAGCUUGGACAUGUCUGUUUUUUUCAUUUUUGUUGUGCUCAAUAACAUUAACCAAAAUGUCAACCAACAUCCACAUUGGGAUUGCACUCAUUUGUCCAUCUCAAAUAUAGAUUGGCUGUGGAUACUAGAGUUUGGCAAAUAUCAACAAAAUCCUUCCAUGAGAAUCAAUUGGCUCAAUGGAAUUUUCAAUGAAUAUUAUAUGUUUUAUUAUUAUUUGUAAAUUGUAUCCUAUGUAUCUUUUAUGUUAGUAAAGUUUAAAAUACAGUUAUGUGUAUAAACAUAUGCCUUACUUUUCAUGCAGAGAGCAGGUUGUUAAGGAUUUCCCAGAACAGCACUGUAUAACAGUUUGGGAAGCAAUGGAGUUUUGGGGGAAGAUAAAAACAGAAAGAUCGUUACCUGUAAUAAGUACUGAAUGACCUAGAGCAUAUUUGUCAUCCAGAAAAUUAUGAAUCACUUAAAAAAAAUCCUUAGUUAACUGCAAACUUUAUUGCCUUUUUUCUUUUAUGUAUUUAGCAAAUAUUUAAUUGAUUACCUGCUUUGUACUAAGUGUAUGCUAAGUGAUAUACUUUCAGGAAUUAAGACACAGAUUGUUUUGUGGCAUUUAUAAUCUGACGUAGAAUGCAGGUGAUAAAGGAGUAAAUACAUAAACAAGCAUAUAAUUACAAAAUUAUAUGAACAGACUAUAGAAUUAGUGAAUAAUAGAGAUGAGAGGAAUUGACCUUGUUAAGUGGGACAUCCAGGAAGGUCUCUGUAGAGGUGCUAUUUCGGCUGAGGCAAAGCCUGGGCUGGGAAGAUUGUGCCUGGCAAGGGGAAAAGACUGUACAAAUAUCCUGAGGACUUAACUUAAAAAAAAUUUUAUUCCCUCUCAAUAAAAAGGUAAUCACUUUCAACUGCUUCAUUAAUUAUAAAAGAAACUAAAUUUUAAAUAAUAUUACUUGGGAUAUAGGCAGUUACUUUCCUCUAAAAACCUCAAAGUUAAUCAGGUGUGGAAGUUAAUUUCCCAAGUUUCCUUUUAAAGCUAGUGUGGAAUUCUCUGUAUGUUUACAUAUGACCUUCAUUAAGGCUAAGAAUUUCUUCAUUUAGAUUUGGCUUUAUUUGAUGCUAAUAUGUUUUGUCGGGUUGUUUCUCAAUACUUCAUGUCAAAGGGGGAUCAUUCUUUUUCUUUCUUUACUUAUGAGUCCUGAAUCUCUAAACGUAUUCAGGCUCAAGCAGACAAGCAUUCACACUUUUAUCCAAUUUGAAUUUUUUCUAAAUUCAUCAAACCUCAGAGCUAAUAUAUGAUCCUUAGUUUCAUGAAAACACUGGGUAAGUUCAGCAUUACUGUGGAAAUCUACCUUGUGAGAAAGAUUAAUUGCAUUUUUCUCAUCUUCCCUUGUUUCACUACAUGAUUAUUUUUUAACAAUAGGCUAAGUCAGGUAUAAUAAGUUCUCCAAAUGAUAAAGAUUAGAGCUAAUAUUUGUGAAUAUUUUAAAGUGUUGCUUGAAAUAUCCUCCUUACCAUUACUUACUUCCUUCUCUGCCUGACCUCAUGCUCUUACAUUUAAACUUCUUUGAUUUUCUUUUCUUGGGCCUUGAGACUCUUCAUUCCAGUGCAGGCACCCAGAAAUUAGUCAUUGAAUGUUAUCAUUGGAGGAUUGGAAGAAAAAAGAAAGGCAGCAAAUCCUUGGCUUUUAAACUCAAAGUUGACUUCCUAUGCAAGAAGGAAGUAUGUAGGAAGAAUAUUUGUUAUCUAGUUCAGAAGUCCCUUCACUCCUGCCAGGAGCUCCUCUGAACUGUAGAAGAGAAUAGAACAGACAAGAAAGCAAGAUAGCUUAGUGCUGGGCCCAGGCUCUGCUUCUGUUCUCUAUUCAGGGUUAUUUUAAAACAGGGGGAGGGGGUAUUGAUAAGUGUGGAUAUCCAAAAGUAGAGGGGGCUAGUUCUGGAGUAUCAACAGGCAUCACUCUUAUAAUACUUUCUAUAUGGACAAGGGGAGUCCUGAUGGCUUUUUGUGUUAUCUAAGACAAUAAAAUCAUGAUAAAGAUUUAGGGAGUUUGGAACUUCAGAGAAGCAUGGGAAAAUAGCUCAUUUUUUUCCCCACUACCUUCAAAGAGGGUACAAGAUUUGCUGACAGAAAGAACCAGCAGUCCAAAAUGACUUCUCAGUUUUGGUUGUUUGAUGCUGCUUCAGACCAUGGAGCAGUGACAGAACCUUAGAGAAUGGUAGUGACAAUAGAUGCAGGAACAGAUGCCAGGUGAGGCAGAGGUCAUCUUGGCAUAAAAGAAUGUAGUACAGUCAACAGCUACAGGCCAGACAUCCCCUUCUGGCCUCCUUCCCUUCUGUGUAAGCUGCUUAAAAUUAGAUGCCGGGUUGAGAAGAAAGAAGAGGGAGGGAAAUUUUGAAUGAACUACAUUUAACCUGAAAUGACCAAAAAGAGCUGGAAAUGACUAAGAUUUUCUAUUUCCUACCAUUUAGUCAGGAUGGGACUUGACAUUCAUUUAUUCAACAUACGUUUAUUGAACAGUUAUUAUGUGCCAACCACUGUUCUAUGUACUUGAGACACACUGGGGGAAGGGAUUGAUGCCCUCAUGGAGCUUACAUUCUAGCAGGCGAUAAGAGUGAUUAGGAGACUGGUUUGGGGGUGAGUACGUUGCAGUGUUAAGGUGAAAUUUGAGCAGACAUGUGAUAGACAUUAGGAGGUUAGCAAACCUGGUAUUCUGGGCCAGAGUAUUCCUGAGAGAGGCAGCAGCCAGGACAAAAGUCCUAGAAAAAGUAAAAAGAGUUGGAGCAGUUAAGAGAUGGAGGUCAGAGAGGUAGUUAAGGGCAGAUCACUAGGGCUUACAACUCAUUUUUAUAGAAUUUAUCUUUUACUUUGAGUAAAACAAGACUAUAUUAAAGUGAUGAGGAGUAAAGUGAUCCUUUGCUGUUUCAAAGGAUCAUUCUGCCAACUGUGGUAAAUACAGAUGGAGGGGGCAAGGAUAGUCACAAUGAAGCUAUUACUGUAAUCCAGGCAGGGAACGAUAGUGGCUGUUGUGAAGAUGAGCACAAGUGAUUAGAUUCUGAAUAUAUUUUAAAGGUGGAGCCAACAGGAUUUCCUACUGGACUGGAUGAAGGAUAUGAGAGAAAGGGAGGAAUCAAGAGAACUACAAAGUUGUCUGUCUUGAGGUACUGGAAGGAUGUAGUUGCAGCCUCCUCAGACGGGGUUGGACAAAAGAUCAGGAGAUUGACCUUUGACACAUGAUAUAUUAAGUUUGAGGUGUUUUAUCAGACAGCCAAUUGGAAUUUGAGUGGGCAGUUAGCUACAUGAGUCUGGAAGGACCUUUUUUUUUAAUUUUAUUUUUUAUUUUUUCAAAUUUACAUCCAAAUUAGCCUAUAGUGCAACAAUGAUUUCAGGAGUAGAUUCCUUAGUGCCUCUUACCCAUUUAGCCCAUACCCCCCUCCCACAACCCCUCCAGUAACCCUCAGUUUGUACUCCAUAUUUAUGAGUCUUGGAAGGACCUUUAGUAGAGAUAUUAAUUAAGGAGAUUUCAGCAUAGAGAUAAUAUUUAAAGUCAUGAGGUUGAAUUGAAGGCUUGCUCCCAGUAAUAUGUUUGAGUAGUCGUCUAACAGAUCUACAUCUUACAAAUAACAACUAUGAAUUCUAAACCAAACACCAAAAUCAGCUACUACAAAGGCUCUGAGCAGUUAACAAACCAGAUGGGUUAUAAAGGAAAAUUGAAACUUGUUAGAAGUAACUGGUAUGGGGUGAGUUUCCUCAUCUUUACAAAGGCUUUUAGCUUGAGUACCAUCUUCAGUGGUUUCUGCAGGGACUCUUUUCAGUUGCAAUAAGGUUAAGUUUUUCUGGCCUGAAGAAUCAUAAGACAAGAGUUUGGGGCAACCACAGAAGAAUAAGAAGUGAAUGAGGAAACAGAGCCGGAAAAGGGGAUUCCCUACUCCUUAUGUAUGAACUCUAAGAUAUCUCUGGCUGACACUUGAGCCAUACUUGAUUGAAAAAAAUUUCAGCUAAAGACAAAAGAAAUGAACUGAUAUUUGAGCUACCUCUGCUGAGACAGUUUGUAGUUUGAGUCAAAUUAAAUUAACUCUCUGAUGAAAACAUUUUUCUCCUUUUUGGAGGAAUAAAAUAGCUUCCACGACGUGGCAUUUUUAAUGCCCUGAAUGCAAUCUGAAAUUAUUCAAAAUAAGAAAAAUCAGGAAAAUGUGACUAUUCUAAAGAGAAAUAACAACCGGUAGAAGCCAACCCUGAGAUAAUGCAGAUGCUAGAAUUAGCAGGCAAGGAUUUUAAAGUAGCAAUUUUAACUGCUCAGAGAGGUAAAGUAAAGAUGUUUGUACUGGAUGAAAGGAAAAUCUUAGCAGAAAAACAAAAAAAAACAUAAAAAAAAGAAUCCACUGAAAAUUCUAGAACUGAAAAAUAGUGUAUCUGAAUUAAAGAAUUCCCUGGAUGGGCUUAACAGAAGAAUGGAGAUGACAAAGGAAAGAAAGAGUCCAUGAACUUGAAGAAAUAUCAGUAGAAAUUAUUCAAUCUGAAAAAGUAGAAAAUAAAGAUCAUAAAUUUGAAAAGAGACUUAAAUAUCUGUGAGCAGUAUCAAAAAGUCUAACACAAUUGUAACUGGAGCCCAGAAGAGAAGAAAGAGAAUGGGCCAGAAAAAGUAUUUGAAAAAAAAGUGGCUGAAAGUUUCUCCGAUUUGGUGAAAUACACAAUACUUCAGAUUCAAGAAGCUAAGCAAUCCAGGUCAAGGUAAAUAUAAAUCCAACUGUGAUCAUCAUUGUCAAACUUUUGAAAACCUAUCUUGAAAACAGCAGUAGAAAAAUGAUUCAUUAUCUACAGGGUAGUAAUGAUUUGUAAAAUCACAAACUUCUAAUCAGAAACCAUAGACACCAUAAGAUGAUGGAACAAUGUCUUUUAAGUACUAACAUAAAGUCCUGGAACUACAUAGGAUCACUAAGGAAGUAGACAGAGAAGAGGAACCAAGAAAUUAGAUGAAGUGAUAAGAAAGAAGGAAAACUGAGAAAUUCUGGAACACAUCUUCCAUUGUGAAGUGGGCUUACAGGUGGGAGUGGAAACACAGCCUCCUGGUCAUACUCCCCACCCUCAUCUUCCAGCAAUGAGGGUCGGCCAUCAGAGUUCUCAUGGCACCAAGGAUUGAAGCAAUGGGGUAAUGGAGAUCCUGGACAUUUAUUUUCUCACCAGUGAAAAUUAAUGAAGACUCAGGAGUUACUACAAUAUUAGUGAUGAGAAGGAAGUUUCAGCAGCUAGAGUGUGUUGGCAUUAUUUCCUCAAAAGAGAGAGAGAGAGAGAAAGCUCUAGGGAAUGAAAGAGAAGAUAGAGGAGAAUCUCAAAUGGUGAUAAUUUUUUCAACCUCAUCUAUACCUCAAUUUUGAGACACUCUGUAAUAUUUGAGAAUUAACAGAGAGGAAACAAGAUAGAAGUAGGAAACUACCAAAGAUUAUUUAUUUAAAAAUAUUCUUUGCCCAUAGAAUCCAGCUAAAAGACUCAGUUACUAAAAUAUCCCACAAGCCAGCUGCUUUCAAAAAGACCUCUACCACUGGCACAAGAUGGAGCCAUUGGCAUAUUAUGAUCAACAAUUUGUGCCAUUAGAACACUCUUACCAACCGGCCACAACCAAUUCAUUGACACAUCAAUACACAGGUGAAAAACUAAAUCAACCCAAUAAGCUGCCUGUAGUCAGAGUGCAAUCCCAUAGUAAUCACCUUGCAGCACCUCCAGUUAACUCUAAGAAGUUGGUGCAGAGCUGCUCAGUAUUGCCCUCUGCCAAGUCUCAGGACACAAUUUCACAGGGUUUCUAUAACAAGGCUCCAAAAGCACCAUUAUCCCAAUCCAAACGUCAGGACACACCUACACUAGACCCCCACCAGAGAACUUCACUGCGGCCUAAUCAGAGAGCCUUGAGCUCACCUUUGAUCCACCAUAAAUCCCAGGUGACACCUUCACUUGAUCUUAAUAAGACAUCUUCAUCACUGGAGUCCAGUCAAACAAACUUGAGCUCACGAUUACCCCUCCCCAAACCUCAGACUACAUCUUCCCGAGACUUUUGCUGGACAUCACCUUCACAGAAGUCUAAUCAAAGAGUCUCAAGUUCAUCAUUAUUUCCCCCCAAACAUCAAGAAACACCUUCCCUAGAUGUCCUCUGGAAAUCAUCUUCUUUGGGACCUAAUCAAAGAGUGCUUGGCGCAGCAUUACCACAGUCCAAGCCUCAGAAAACAUCUUCAUUGGAUGGCCUUUGGACAUCUUUAUUAGAGCGCAAUCAAAGAUCUUUGAGCUCACCAUCACUCAACUCUACAUCUCAAAUACAUGACUUGCUUCAGUCAUCAUGUUCAUUGGAAUCCAAUCAAAUGGCUCUGAGCUCACCAUUAUCUGACUCCAAACCUCAGACAACAGCUGCAUUGAGCUCUAAUUCCAUUGUUCUGAGCUUACCAUUGUCCCAUUCAAAACCAAGGAAAUCACCUUCAGCACAUUCUGUCCACCAGACUAAGAGUUUGCCAUUUUUCCCACCUAAAUCUCAGACAGUGCUUACACUUAAUCGGGACUUCAGGACCCUCAACUCACCGGUUUGUCACUCCAAGUUUCAGAAUACCUCUUCACCAAAUGACAAAUACAGGGCCACAGAUUUAUCUUCACCCCAGUAUAAACCAAAUGUCUCAGGUCAAUCAUUAUCAAGCUCUAAACACUUUAUCAGGAGCAUAGCUGCUUCAACAUUGGGCUCCAGAUUCCAGAAUAAAGGCAGCUUUGAUCUUUGUGCAAAGACAGCAUCAAAUAAAGAAAUAUCAUGGAAUUUAGAUUAUAUUCAUCCCUGCAUUGUUAAAGGUGGAAGUGUCCCUGAUGAUGUUGUAAAUAAAAUUGUCAAUUCCCUCUCCAAGACCAGAAUCCAGAGGGAUCUCUGUAGGCAGAUUCUCUUUCGAAGAAUGAGGGGAAGGCCAAAUCCUCAUCCUGGUCCCCGACUUUCAUCAAAUUAUAUUGUAUGUUUAGCUUGUGCUUCCUGCAUAAAAUCUCAAUGUAACCAUCUUACGGGAAGGAAAGAUCCUCAUGGCGCAACGCUAUUUGUCAUCCCAACACCUGAGCUCAGUUCUGAGAGGGGAAUAGAAGUGAAAUUAGUUUUUCUCCUCUCCAUACCAAAGACUUCUCCCUCAUCUGGUCUUCCAUCCUCGGUGAAAGAAAAUCAGCCUGAUGAAAUCCCUGAAGACAACUUUGAAGGAAUGGAAAAGAUACAAAUUCUCUCUACAUCUGAACCUGGUAUCACCCAGGAGCUAAAUAGGAGGAACAAAGGGCUGACAGCAGCCUCUGAAGACAGAGUUGUAAGCCAACAACCCCAGGCUAUUGACUGGCUACUUUAUGUGAAGAAAAGUAAUAAUUUUGAGCCGCAGUCCCUGCCUACAUCCUCUUCAUCCUCUACAUCCUCCUCCUCCUCUUCAUCAUCUUUCUCCUCCUCUUCUUCUUCAACUGUGCCCUCUUUACCCCCUCCUUCCAAAGAGUCUACCACAUCUACUCUCUCAGGUUGUGUGUUCACUAAGGUGCUUAGUUACCACCGAUUGCCUCCAGGGGUCUCCUGGCUUGAGUUUAUAUGUAGUAAAAAUCAUCAGCCACUUACUGGGAAACCACAGCAAAACCAAUCACCAUCUCCCAGAACAAGGCCUAUGAGGAAUAGCACCACAGUAAAAGGGCCAAAGGGACCAAAGAUGCUGUUCAAAUUUUUUCAGACAAAGUUUCAAAAUGAGAGAAAUAUUGAUUAAAUUAACUUUUGUUUCUUUGAAAGCAACUGACCUCUUAGUUCUUUGAAACUAGAGAUUGAUUUCUUAUCAUGCUUAUUAAAAUUCUUAGUAAUAAUUAAGUGUGAUUGUAUAUUUUAGCUGACGAAGCACCUAGUUAAGGGGAACUAAUACUCUUAAGUCUAUUUUCUAGUUAAAUAAUAGACUGUGAUCUCCUAGAAGACAAAACUGAAUCCCAGGUUUUUAACCAAAUGCCCGGCUUAUAGUAGCCACUGUAUAAUCAUUGUUACACGAAUUAAUCAUAAUUGGCCAUAAACCAGAAAGACCUCAUUUGUCUUGCCCUGAACAGUAUCUAGCUCAUUGUUAUUCUCUUUCCUCAUAGAAUAUGCUAAUGACAGUAUUCGUGAGCCAAUUCAUGCUAAUCUGUUUCCCUAUCUCUAAAGAAAAUUCAGAUCAUGUUCAAUAGAUAAGAAUGUAUAUGGAGAGGAAUGUUUUCUCUAGUUAUGAUAAUCUCUUUCUAGUUAUGUGUUCCUAGGGAAAAUUCUUCUAUGCUAAGAUCCUACACUCUGAAAUCCAGCGAUCUGUUCACCUUAGUUAACAAAUCUCAGGAGAGAAUAACUAACUGGUACAAACAACUUUACCUAUGGUCUGGGCCAAUAUUUAAAUUAUAGGUUCUAAAGCCUGUUCAUCACUUCUAUCUAUACAUCCAAAAUGGGUUAAUAAAAAUGUUUUAAAAAUG